AUGUUGUGGAGGCUGCUGGGACUCCUCCUCCUGCCCUCCCUCCACUCAGCCUUGCAUCUUAACGGCACCGACAGUGACCGCCCUUGGCACCGCAUGUUGGACCCGGCGGACAUGAACAUGACGGAGUGGGACUUCGGGACCCCGCACCUUACCAUGCCCAACACGACCUACAUGCCCGAAGGCGCGGUGAAUUCCCCCCCCAUGCCGAACCCUACGAUCUGCUCCAUCCUGAUGAGCUUGCCCGACAUACCGCUGGAUCAGAUCCCUCCGUCCUGCCUGUGCUCCCACUGUAAGGGCAUCACGGGGCCCAAAGGGGACCAAGGGGACCGGGGCCUCCCAGGAACUCCUGGGAGUCCCGGGAUGAGAGGGAUGAUGGGCUUCACCGGGCCGCGAGGAUUCACCGGCGUUCAGGGGAUCAAGGGUCAGAAGGGAGACCUGGGGGAGAAGGGUCACAGUGGCGGCACCGGACUCUCCGGGAUGAAAGGCUCACGAGGCUACAAAGGAGACAAAGGGGACUUCGGAUCUGAAGGCCCCCCAGGACCCUUGGGACGUCAGGGAGAAGACGGUAUUUGUCCCGCAUCCUGUGAAAGUGUGCCGGGUCCACCGGGUCUACAAGGCUCCUCAGGACCAGCCGGAGCUCGAGGUCUUCCUGGGGUCCAGGGACCGAUGGGACAGAAAGGUAUGAAUGGCCCUAAGGGGGACCUGGGAACCCCUGGAAACCCCGGCAUGGACGGCCUGAAGGGGGAUCAAGGUGAGCAGGGGAUGUGUAACUGCACCGAUGGGAUAAACGGCACAAAUGGACUUCCAGGAUAUCAAGGGUUCAAUGGGGACAAAGGGGACAAUGGUGCCCAGGGUGACAAAGGCUCCAUGGGGCUUAAGGGCAACAAGGGCGACCUGGGUGUGAGGGGGGUCCCCGGGCCAUGCUCAACGCCCAUUAAAUCUUCAUUCUCCGCCGCUCUGGACAGCCCCUAUCCUCCUCCAAACUGGCCCAUUAUUUUCAAUCGAGUCAUCCUCAACCAGCAGGGCCACUUCAACCCAGAGAUGGGAAUGUACACGGCGCCCGUCAACGGCACCUUCGUCUUCAGCUUCAGCUUGGCCGUCUCCGGGAAGCCCGCCGUUGUCGGCUUGUACAAAAACUUCGAUCGUAUGGCAAUGGUGACUGAAGUGAACAACCUGUCCACCGCCACGAUGACCGUCGUCUUGCACCUCUUGGUGGGGAACAAAGUGUGGCUGCAGGUGAAGGACGAAAACUUCAACGGCGUGAUAGCCGGCGAUGAUUACAUCAGCAUUUUUUCUGGGUUUCUGCUGUACCCUGACUCCUGCGAAAUGACCAUGUUAGGUCGAGGCGGACCAGGUUCUCGAAUUAUUCCCCCUGAAACGUAUGAGGGCAAAUUCACCUGGAAUAGUUCCUCGCAAGCCACCACGCCUCAACCAUAGUCAGUCAGUCGCGGGUAGAUGACGCCUCAAGCCAAUCAAAACCAAUGCAUGUUUUAAAGUAGGGGUAUUUUGUCACAUUAUCUACAAAAAUAAAACGGUUUUAUGAUCUGACGCUGCAAUAGGAAUGGGAAUCGCGGUGCAUUCUUGGCCAUUUUGUGAGGGUAGCGUAUAUAGUAAAUAAAGUAUGUGUGAAAUAUAAAUGCCCUAACACAGAGAAGCUCAGUGCAGGACGUUAUUUACAAAAUAAAGGUAAUUAAUUAUGUGUCCGUAUUAGUUAAGAGAAGAACGAUCACUGUUACUGAUGUCGGUCCUCUCUGGUGUUUGGAGUUAGUGUAUACACCUGACGCUCAUUUAAAAAUAUUUAGAGGCCCAUGUCAAGUUUACGAACGUUAGAGCUUUUUGAUCUACAGGUUUAAUGACAAUGCAAUAAUCCAGUAAAACAGAUAAAAACCUGGGGGUGCAAAUAAGAUCAUAGUUAUCACAUUAUAUCCAUUACACAUUAAAAUCGCAUCCUCUUAGCGCUGACCAUUUUGGUUUUCAGGUGAAACAUCUCAACAGCUAUUGGAUGGACUUCCAUAACUUAACUUUUAACCCCCGCCAUUACACUUUCCCACCUCGUAGCCCAAAAUAAUCACAUUGUACACGGCAUUACCGGUGGUAAAUAGCCCCUUAAACUAACCCUAGCCAUAAUUCAAUAACCUAACCCUAAUUCAAUAACCUAACCCUAAU